ACAAGUAUUCAUGCAUUGCAUCGAAGCUAUGCUCAAACUAUAAAACAGCUCUGCAUACUGAAUGUAAAAAGAGCUGAGGGAGUGUUAACAAGGCGUUUUUAUAUGUAAAGGAAUCUGUUGGAAACGUUAUGUAAGUGGUAAGAUGACAGAAAACUAAUAUUCAAGUAAUGGGAAACGAAUCCAGCUCGUUAGAAGACUGUACUCUCCAGCCGGCGCUAGAUUUUGAAGCGUUGCGUGGUUGGUCUGUGUGUCCAGCACAGUGGAAAGAUGGCUCCAAGGUGACGGUGUUCUUCCACAAGAAACCCGAUCCGGAGAAGAGGGGGUUUGUGGAAAAUGCUGUCAAGCAACUGAAGACAAUACGUCAUCCUAGUGUGCUGCGCUUCUUCACCUCCUUCACCAGUCCUAAGGGUCUGCAUAUUGUCACAAAACCAGUCAGUCCUCUGCUGCUGGCUCUUGAGGCAGGAAAACUGUCUUCAGUGGAAAUAUCAGCAGGAAUCUACAAUAUUAUUGAAGCUUUGAGUUUUUUGCAUGAAAGGGUUGGUGUGUCCCACAAUAAUGUGAGUUUAGCUUCCGUUUUUGUGAGUGAAGAUGGGAGCUGGAAACUGGGAGGUCUGGACUAUGUCUGCAAACUCACUGAGGCUACACUAGAGCAGCUACAGGCAUGCAAAACUUUUAGAAAUGAAGAGGCUAUUACUCCAGAGGAGAAGAAUGGGCAAGUGGUGACGGAGCUGCAGUAUGCUCAUGCAAGAGAUGCAUAUGCUUUUGGCAGACUGGCUGAAGCCUUGUUAGAGUACUUGGUGGACUUGGGUGAUUUAACAAAGACUUUUGAACUAAGAAUUCAAGAUGAGUUUCUGCACCAAGAUCCAAGGCAAAGACCACAUGUGAGCUCUUUGCUACAGGAUAGGUUGUUCAGGAACGAGUUCUUGGAAAUAAAAAUGUUCCUGAAAAAUAUAACACUUAAGUCUGAUGAGGAGAAAAAAGAAUUUUUCUGCACAGUGGUUGAGAAGCUGUUGUCGUUGCCGGCAGACCUCGUAGCCUCUAGGCUGGCAGAGCCGCUCUUGUCGCGCUUCGUGUUACUGGACACCAAUGCAGUGGAUCAUGUGAUACCACAUGUCCUCACCCCAGGAGAAGAAGACACAGAUAUAAAUAAUAAAGUGCAAUCUAAGGAAACUCAUAAGGAAGAUAGGCCGGUGCCUAUCCUGCCUCGGAGACUGUAUCAGAAACAUGUCAUCCCUAUCUUAUACAGGAUUUUCCAUGUCAAAGAUGCACACAUCAGACUUGUGAUUCUCACACAUUUCAGACACUUUGCUCAUUUAUUUGAUAAGGAAUCAUUACAGGAUGUGAUUCUGCCACAGUUGUUGCUUGGUUUGAGGGACACUAAUGACCAGAUAGUGUGUAAGUCUCUGGAGGCUCUUGCAGUAUUAGUGCCAGUAUUAGGAGGGGACGCUGUGAUAGGAAGGUCAAGGUCAAAGAUAUUUAUAGAAGGAAAACCCAGAGCCUUGAAGAUAGAGGAGACCAGCUCAGGGGAUCACAUUCCAGUCCCUGACACAGUCAGCAAAGUCUUAGACCUGACUAAGUCAGCCACAGGGGAAGUGUGCAAUGGAGAUCUAAAGAGACACCCCAGUGAUGAGAGUGAGGACAGAAAACUACAGCUGUUAAAAGAAAGAGAGAAGAGGAAACAGGAGGCAAAGAGAAAAGCUGAAGAAAGGAGAAGAAAAAGGGAAGAUAAAAAGAUCCAGGCUGAAAAAGUUUCAGAAAGAACUAUAAAAAUGGACCAAGAUCUGACUACUGAACAGCAGACUUCCACAGCUGACAUUAACAUUACAGAGGACAUCAAUAGAGAUUCUGAAAAAGAGGAAGGUGAUAAACCUUUAACAGGAAGCAUUAGUGCUGCCAAAGCAGUGGAGGAGAAAGAGAUCCAUUCCAAUAUUGAAAGACGUGAGUCUGAGGAAGAUGCUGCUCCACUGUCUGAAAAUGAGGAAAAUUGGACAGAUUGGGAUGAGGAACAGGCCAUGGACGCUGCUAUUGAGAAAGAAAUUGAGGAAGAAAUGGAAAGUCUGGAGAGGAAGGAUGCCCAGUUGAGGCUGUCCCCUGUGGAACCCAUACACAUAGACUGGUCUGGUGUAGAGGAGAAAGUGGAGGUCAGAUCUAUUAUCCCAAAGGAAGCCAAAAAAGGCAAACUGAAACUGAAAAGCCCAAGCAUGAAAGAGGAAGCAGAAAGUGGAAAAAGCUUCAAGUCACCAAGAUCUAAGUCAUUGGAUUAUGGAAGUAAAGAGGAGACUAAGUCACUGGAUUCUGGAAGUAAAGAGGAGACCGAUGAUUUCAGUUGGAAUACUAGUGAUUGGACAGAAACUCCUGCAAACCAGCCAUCUUCCUUGGCAUCUCCAAGGCAGCAACAGGGUCCCUCAAAUUCUUCCAGAAAAAACUCUACUACUGAGAAAACAAAAGGAAGAGAAAGUGGUAGUACUGGUGGGCACAUGAUAAACACUGAGCAGCUAGGGGCAGAGUUUGAUGUUUUAGCUAUAGAGAUAAAAGCAACUCCAAAAGUGCAGGAAUUUGAUUUCUUUGCUGACAUGGCACCUGAUAUCUCUCCCUCAGCUUCUUUGCAUUUGGGAAGUAAGACCACUUCAGAGGCAGAUACGCUGGAUGACAAGAAGAAACAGGAGAUAACACCAAAACAGACUCCCAUUUCCUUUGCUGCAAUGGACAUUACUACAGACGUGACAGAACCUGGGGGCUGGGAAGACGAGGACCUAGAGUGGGGAGAGGAUGACAAGUGGUGACUGGGAGGAUGAAGACCUAGAGUGGGGAGAGGAUGACAAGUGGUGACUGGGAGGACGAGGACCUAGAGUGGGGAGAGGAUGACAAGUGGUGACUGGGAGGAUGAGGACCUAGAGUGGGGAAAGGAUGACAAGUGGUGACCACAGAGUACACUGUCCUAGUCUCAGAUAAUUAUUGGUUUACUUGACCGUUAUGGUAAUAAUUGACCGUGGUAAAGGGAUAUGUUUUAUAUUAUAAUAGGAGCUGCAAUAUACAAAUAGCAUUAGUCUGGUGGAUUUUUUGUUCAUACAUAUUGGUUGCUGUUGUUGUUGAAAUAUAAUCUUAUUGGAAAGAAUAUUUAAGGUCAAGGGACACUCAUUUUAUCAUUAGCACUUUAAGGUAGAACAUAUUUGAACAGGCAUCAUAAUUCAAUUGACAUAGUUAAAUAAUCAGAACUGGAAUUUCACUUGAGGAUGCAAGACACUGUUUAUCAGGGUGUCACUAGUUUGAUGGAUUGUGUGCAAAUUUUCUGUGAUUCAUUUAAAGGGAUAAAAACUCUUCGUAUGAGAUCUAUAUUUCACAAUAAAAUCAUUGUGAAUAACUCAUAGAUAUA